AUGGGAGUGUGUGCCACCUCAAAGGAUGCCCACCUCUACUUUCGGUUCGAGGGCUCUUCGACUUCUUGUGAUCAGGGAAAAGGUGGAGCUCGCGACAACUCAGUCUACAGGUUUGCUCGUCAGGGGAUGAUGACUCAGCAGCAAGGAUUGGUCUACGUCCUGGCAGGAAGGGAAGGCGAUGCCGGCUUUGCAGGUGACCAAGGCAGCGCUUGGGUUACACAGCUCAAUCGGCCCAACGGCUUGGGCGUAAAUCCCAUGACGAAGGACAUCUACGUGGCAGAUUCCGGCAACAACCGUAUCCGUCUGAUUUUCAGCCAGAUAGGUCCCGGCGUUCAUCAUUCUGGCUACUGUACGAAUGGAUUGGUCUGCGAGGUGCAGAUCAUGGGAAAUGGCUUGUUACCGGGCAACAAGCUGGCCGUGAUUCCAAUGGAGCAAAGCUGCGGGCAGCCUGGUGUCAUGUUCCAAAUGGGCCUGGCCAUGAACCCGACGACGGAGAUUCCCUCGCCAUCUUUCACCCAGAAGACCUUCAACUUUGGACCGCCUUCAGUGCCUCGCACCGGUACCUAUCGGCUUUGCUUCUGCGUGAAGGAUGCCGUGGUCUUCGGGCAGAUAACACCGUGCAAUGCGGCAGAGUUCUUCAUCCAUGAUGCCGGAACUGCUGGCACCUCACUGUUGCGCGUGAGAGAGCGGUGCAUUGGCACCACAAUGGCUGUGAUGAUGUCAGACGUUCGCAUUGUGGGACCAGACAGUCGUAUCGAUGAUGCCGAAGUCGUCGAAGGGAUGCCCGGCCGGCCUUUGGCCCUGGCCAUCUUCGGCCACGAGCUCUCGCUCUUCGACCGCGUGCGCCUAGUGAACGACUCGCAGCCCUGUGGCGUUCCCGGUGCAGAGGUCCUGGCCGAGGAAGUUCAAAGCCGAGACAUUUUGAUGGGGCGGCGGUACCAGGGCAACGAGUCCUUCAGCCUUUGGGUGAACGUAACACUUCGAGCCUCUGGCAGCUUCCGCGUAUGCUGGUGCCAGGGUGCGAGGAUCGAUGGCACUCGCUUGCGGUGCGAGCGCGGAGAGGACUUUCGCGUGGAAGCUGCGCGUGUCAACAUUCGAGGCCCCAUCCAGUACGUUGGCACGAUCAAGACGGGCAGUUACGAGGAGAUCGCAGUGAAAGGCGGCCAGCUGGCUGGAUUCAGUUCCAGUGAUCGCAUUCGACUCGUCGAUGCGGCUACCGUACAGUGCGGCAGCGUGGAGGCACAGGCCUUCAGCAGCUCCAUCGAAAACGAGCAGGAGGACGCUGUGCCAUCGGGCGCCCCACACCGCAUCACCGCGGACUCCGUGACGUGGACCAAUGUCAAGGUGCGCACCAGUCAGCCGCUGCGGGUGUGCUGGUGUGGUGAUACGGAAGCAUGCAGCAGGGGAGAGGACUUUGUUAUCGAUGCGGCGCUGAUCGCUCCUUUGGGCCCAAGCACACACCCUCGGCAGAUUCUGGAGAGUGACCUGAUGCCACGCCUCGGCUCAAGCUCAUUCUUCCUCUUAUCCUCUUUAGCUGCUAAAAAGCGCUUGUUCCUACUCCUGGCUUUUCUGACCUUGGGCGCCGUGCGUGCUGCACCGCUCAGCGAGCUGUCGGCAGACGACGAGUGCGUGGAGGAAGGCUGUGCCCUCUCCGCCCUUCACCUCCGCAGCGCGAAGCGCAGCCAGGACGAAGCUUCAGUAGACACCGGCUGCCAUGACAUCCAGCCAGGAGAAGGCGGUGCCUGUUGGGAGGCCAUAAUGUGGGGCAAGAACGUUGGCAUGCCGCAGCAUCCGGACUGGUACCCGGGCAUGACGGAGGACUCCCCAUUGUCCGAAUGGCAAUUCGUGGCAUACAACACGACGCACCCGAAGUGCCCUCGGCCCUGCUCGGUCCCUCCGCCCGGCGGGUGCAACUACGUGCCGGCCCCACAGCUCUGGAAGCCUGCAGCAGGAGCCAGCCUUGAGAUCAAGGUGUUGUCCUACAACCUCUUCUGGUGGCAUUUGUUCAAGGUGGAGCACGGACGAGGUGACAGUGCCGGACACCUGAUUCAGGACACUAGCACUCCGCCGUAUGAUGUUAUGGGCUUCCAAGAGUGCGAGGAUCCGAUUCAGGUGCUGGGCCACGUUGGAUUGCUAGAGCAGUACGAGGCUUUCCAAGGCAACCACGCAAUUUGCGUGGCCUAUCGGAAGGCCGCGUGGUCUUUGCUGGGUCACGGUGAGGCAGAUGUGGCUCAAGACAUGCGGACAGAGUACUAUGGGACUCGCGGCACACAAUGGAUUAGACUGGAGCACAAGGACACGAAACGGAAGCUGCUCUUCGUGAAUCACCACGGCCCACUAUCCGUGAACUCCGGGGGCCUCUGCGGUGGCAAGGCGACGGCGCACAAGAUCCUGCAGGUCAUGGCACGUUUCGGGCAGGUGGGCGACACCCUGGUAUUGGUUGGAGACUUCAACGCGAACGCGGCGUCGCGGACACUGCAGGCAAUGUGGCCACACCUGCACCAUGUGUACAACUCCCAGUCUUUUGGUGGCGUGGACAACAUCUUCGCCAACCUUGCGAGCCAGGAGGAUGUGGUGUCGACCACGGACCUCGGUUCGGGUGGUAGUGACCACCAUGCAAUCUCAGCGGUGAUCAACGUGGGGUCUCGGCCACGAGAGACAUGCUGGGAUGAGGUGAACUGGGCCAUGACGCAGGGCAUCUUCCAGCACCCCGAGUGGUAUCCCGACCUUCAGCCCGACUCUAGCGUGGAGCACUUCCAGGCGGUGGUCUACCAGGACAACCCUGGCAAGUGCCCGAAGCCCUGCGGCAUUGCCGUGGCGCCGGUGUCCGCCAGUCCGGGGCCAUUGGAGGAUGGAUCCAAGUUCUCAGUCGAAGUGCUGAACCGGGCUCAGGGCUCCGAUGGUUGCCUCCUGGAGCCCCAGACGGAGUACUCUGUGCAAGGGGGUUGGUACCAGAUGAGGAAAGGCGUCCAGGAGACCGCAUUCGGGGCUCUCGGGCUGUGGCUGUGCUGUCGAAGCGGCGGCUUCGGUGAGUCCACCCAACUCCGCGCUGGUGCUGGCAGGAUCCAAGGGAAGUGGACCGACUGGUCUGCGGAGGCCAAGGACUUUGCUUGCUUCCUGAGCCAGGGCACAGUGACCAGCAAGCACUUCAAAGACGGCAGCGUGUCGGGCCUUCCCAAGCUGUCGGCCGUGGGAGAAGCAACGCGAGAGAAAACAUUGUGUCCAUACCAGUUCCCGCAAAACGGCACCUUCUACGACGUGGAGCUUGCUGGCAUCGGCUUCGAUGGGAGGGAGUACAUCAGAAUUGUGGACGACUAUACGCGCUGCGGAAGCCGGUUUUCAGACGAAAGCAGUCUUGACGUCUCCGGCCUGCUGCCGAACCAAGCAAGCCAAGUCAUGAACAUGGGCCGAGGAAUCAGGUGGAGAAACAUCAAGUUCCUCAGGCCGGCAGCGUACAGAGUCUGCUAUUGCUACUGUGGCCAGGGAAAGAACGUUGGACAAUGCUGCCAGCUCGGCGAGGACUUCUACACUGACAUCGCCACCAUCUUUGUUGCAAUUCCGCGGCAAGCUGGGACGGAGCCUGUGCUCCAGGCUCCGAUGGUGGUGCCCGACAUGCGUCCGAUGCAUCCUCCUCCUGGUCUGUGGGGUGUUUUCCCGAAGGAUAUCACGCGGACGAUCCGCAUUCGAGCCCAGACUCGAGGAAGCCCUGCCCACGCCGGGUCGGUUGGGCCGAUCGAGGUGAAGAUCUUCCAAGUUUGGCCAUCGAUGACAAUCCUUGCGACCUUCCAACUGACGGAUUUGGUCACCGGGCAGCUUCAAGGCUUCGAGAAGCCCGUUCUUCUGGAUGUGGACGGCAACCCUCAUGGCAUCGAGGUGGUGAGCCAUUCGAUGGAUGCCUGGUAUCCGGAAUGGAUCGAAGUGGACAUCGAAGGAAUCGGCUCACACCGCUUUCAGAUGGAAGGAUGGACGGCCUCGCCGGCAGAUCGCCAGGUCCGCUACGUCACACAGGGGCUGCAGCCUCCGCCGAUGCUUCCGACGAUGCUGCCGGCUCCGAACGUGGAGCUCUGGGAAUCGCAUGCAUUCGUCCUUGACGCCUGUGGUGGAUGUCGGCCGGGCUUCCAGUGCACGGAGGAAGAAGCUUCAAUGGUCGAGCGGCUGCAAAGAGAGUCAUUGCUGGGCCUGAUCUGGGACGAGGAUGGUGCCAGUGAUCCUGAGGCUGCUCGCCUGGCCGUCUACCUUGCAAGGUGCCGACCGGUUUGUGGCGACGGCCAGGCACAGCCGGGUGAACAGUGCGACGACGGCAACCUGCGAAGUCUCGAUGGCUGCAGCGGCCGCUGCCAGGUGGAAUCCGGCUUCGAGUGCGCCAAUUUCGCUGAUGCUCCCAGCAGCUGUUGGCCGAGGUUGUGUGAUGCUGACACUGGCAGGGCUUGGAAUGGAAUGAAGGCGGGACUGUUCCCCCUCUAUGGCGAGCAGGAGUUUGCUCAGAUGUCCUCCCUGGGGGCAACUUGCUCGGUCGACACGCCGCUGCAGUACAAGGCGCCGAAGUCCUGGCCUCGAGUAUGUUUCCUAUGGCGAAAUGCGGAGAUAUUCCCGCCAGCGGGGCUCUGCCCAGCAAACAAGGAAACUCAGACGCUCAUGAGCUGGGUCUUCGAUCCUGUGGAUGAAGCGACGGUCGAUUGCCAGAGCUUCCGGAUGGAGUAUGUGGGUUCGAACCUCCAGUGCAACCUGACCAACACGUCCCGGGUAUGGCAGCCUCCUGCGACUUUGCUGAACACCUACGACGACUGUGCCCGGAUGUGCGAGAACGACCAGGAAUGCAUGGCGGUGAUGUUUCACGUGGACGAUCCGGCAGGCGGCCAGGAGUGUGGACCGGACAGCAGGCUUUGCUCUGCUCACUGUCAGCUGGUGGAUGGCUGUGACACCAUGCCCAUGGAGGGCGGUGUGUCCGCGGACCAGUACCACGUAGGUCGGAAGAUCCAAAAGGAUGCUUCUGAGCUGCCUGGGAACAGCAUCUGCACCGAGGUGGACAGACCCAUGCCGGUCCAUGCAUAUGAUGCAGGAGGUGUUACCAUCGUGCAAUUCGACUCGCCUGUGGAGCCUCCAGCAGGAGUCGCGCUCAAUGAGGCAUUCUUUUGCAGCCACAUCCUCUGGCAGACCUCCCAGGUCGCUGUAGGCGGCGUUGGUGCCGCCUGCCGGUGGGUUACCAGCACGGUGCGCUGCCCGACCUUCGUGAAUGAAGUACUCGAUCUCGAAACGGUAGAAAGAAGGAGGGUCGUGGCCUUAUGCUCGUGA